CUCAUCUCGCCUCCCUGGUGCCAUUAUAUACAGCGCGGACGGCGUCUGGUGUCACUCCAGUAGCGACUCGACACCAACAUGGACGGCGCCCGCUGUGUAUCUACCGUGUCCCUGCUGCUGCUGCUGGUGGUUGUCGUCACUGCUACUGCCGAUGCCACGGCUACGAAAUGUAGAGUAGAGGAGUGCCCCAACUUUAGAGCCAUACGGUACCACGAGGAGUUGGGCUGCGUACGCAGUGAUGACCCCAGCGAGUGCUGCCCUACGAGCUUCAACUGUAGUUCACUUCUUUCGGCAGACAAGAUGAUGUGCUACUAUAGAGGUACAAUGUUACAACUUGGCGCAGAAACUGGGGAUGAGCGAGAAGACAAAUGCAUACCAAGCUGUGAGUGCGCGAAAGACCCAUACGGAACAAACGGGGGAGAAGCAGCUUUCAGGUGUCCCCUUACCGACUGUGUAGUAUUCGCCGUUCCUCGAGAUCAAGAGGAUGUCUGUUACGUCACAGACGCUCUGGAUGCGUGUUGUCCAACUGGGGUACGCUGUGUAAACGAUAUCGAGAAUCCUCAGGAUGUGGCCGAGUGUCCAUAUAAUGGGAAGACAUACCGCGAAGACCAGCGCAUAGAUGGUACUUAUUUUGAGUGCAAGAAAUGCGUCUGCAAAGAAGGAUUUGACGGAACCUUGGAUGGACCCUGGUGCAAGAGACAGACGUGUGAGUACUCCCUCUUUCACAGGGCUUCUGAACUAAGGGAAUGUGCGCCGGUAUUCCUUGAGGGCGACAAUUGUUGUGCUUCCAGAUUUCACUGCCCUUCAGCCGACGAUAGCGUGGUGAGACACUCGGAGUCUACAACAGAGAAUGAAGAUGACCGGUGCUCUUUCGGAGACCACAGACUGAACACUGGCGAUGAGCUUCUGGUCAGCACCGACGGCUGCGUCAAAUGCAGAUGCGACGUUCCUCCAUUCAUAACUUGCACCAACAGAGCAGAUCCUGCAUGCGAGUGAUGUAAAUGUGAUCUUGUAUUACUUACCCAUUACAGGGAGAAAAAUGAUAGAAAGACA